GACCGGAGCCUCUACCGCCUCUCCGGCUGGUGGCCAAAGUGCUAAUGUUACUCCGACCAUGUCAACACAUCCUGCUCAGUACCAAUAUGCCGGUCCCGUCCACCACCCGUCGUACGGCCAUCACCCAUACCCCUCUUACCCCCAGUACCCGGCAGGGAUGAUGAUGUACCAGCCCCAAGCAGGCGCGCACCCAGAGAGCAGCCAGAGCGCGUCGGUCGCGCCCUCGCCUGCAACAGGUAAACGGAAAAGGAAGUAUGCGCAUGACGGUGCAAGCAGCAGAAUGUCUGACGAAGAGGGUGCAGAUUCCGGCACUGACAUUCAACGCGUGGGCUCGGGCUCCGGCGCGUCUCUUGUCGAUGGCAAGAAGCGCACCAAGACCCAGCGCGCCUGCGACAGCUGCCGGUCCAGGAAAAUCAGAUGCGACGUCCUGCCGGACGCUGAUCCACCGGUAUGCCAGCACUGUAAACAGUACUCCUUCGAAUGCACUUUCUUCCUUCCCAUCACCGAGACUCGGUUCAAGAAGAAGAAGUUGGAGGAGGAAGCUGCUGCCGCCGCCGCGGUCGCAGAGAAGGAGAAAGAUGCGGCAGAACGGAGCACGUCUUCUCCUCAGGCGGAGCAUUCGAAGGCUAGUGGAAGCGGCGAUAUCAGGGUGUAUGGCCCUACCUCGACUCUCCACCUACUGCAUUCUCAUCCGCUGGUCUCUUCACGGACUUACGAAGCAUACGACUUGCGCUACCACCACUCAUGGGACCUGAGUGCGGAUGGCGACGGCAUAAUCCGCGUGCACGAGCCCGAACAGGGCGAGCUGCAAUUGGCGUUGCCGAAGCCGAUCGACUUGCGCAUAGAGCGAGACGUGAUCGAGCGGCUGGUUAACUCGUACUUUGCCGAUGUUGCCCCGAUGCUUCCUGUCGUCACCCGGGAAGAGUUCAUCGCGAACAACCCCCCGGCUCCGAUAUUGCUGUACUCGAUUUGUCUCGUUGCGGCUACGCGGCGGGAUGUGCCGCAGAAGGUGUUCGAUUCCAUACGCUACACCGUCAACAGCCUGGUCAAGGCUGAAGACGUGCUGUCCACGGCGUCGAUCGUGAACAUGCAGUCCCUGCUCAUCCUCUCGAUGGUGGGCGACUGCCACUCGCAGUACGUACCUCACGCGCUGUCGGCGUUGUGGGUCCGUCUCGGGUGCGCGAUCCGUAUGGCGCAAGACUUGGGCUUGCAUCGAGCCGAGUCCGUCAAACAGAACAUUGAGAUGCGCAGACGUCUGUGGGGUGUCUGUGUCAUUUGUGACAGGUGGAUAAGCCUGACCUUUGGGCAUCCGUACAUGAUUGACAUCCGAGACUGCGACGCGCGUCUGCCGUCUUCGGGCGACCCAAACGACCUGUACUUGGACGAGCUCGUCCGGCUGAGUGUCAUCCUCGGGCGCGUGCAGAAGACCAUUUAUACGCCUGCCGGGCUCACUCAGACCAACGACGAGGAGCUCCAUGCGCUCCUGGGGGACAUUGAGACGUGGAAGAGCAACCUCCCGGCGGACCUGCAGUUCCGCGGGCCAGAGACACCCAAUAAUGCCGGUCUGCUGUUCUUGCUCUAUACGUGCGUGAACAUGAUCUUCUGGCGCGUGUUCAUGCGGAUAUCGUACGCGUGUCCGGCCCACCUCAAGUUCUCGCUUACGGUCGAGAAGUGGACGGCGCUGGUGAAGAUGUCGGGCGAGGCGAUCGACUGGCUGGACGCGCACGAGGACAUGUACGACGUGUGGUUACUGGUCGCGUACUGCGCGACGUCGUGUGCGCUCGUCCAGUACCACACCUACGCGCGAAGGCGGGAUCCCGACGCGCAGAUGAAGCUGAAGAAGCUCCGGGACUGCGUCCGCAAGUGGGAGGCGUCCCUCUCUCCUGACCAUAUGUCAGCUCGACGAAAGACCGCAGAGAUCAUCUCGCUUCUGUACGAGGCUACACAGGCUCCGCCGCCCACCUCGGACGCGCCCGUGCUCAACCCGACCGGGGGCGUCAAGGGCCAGCCGUUGCAUUCAAAGCUGGAUUUCGAGAAGGACGAGACGCGACCCGGUGGCGGGGUGUUCGUCGUGCGAGGCGAGCUCAACGAAAAGGACCUGGACAAGCUGCCCGAGGGGACGAUCGUCGCGGGAGAGGCUGGUAAACGUGACGAAGGUGAGGCGCCCAGCGCGGUGUCGUCUGCUUCACGCUUGAGCAAAGCCAAUGACGCUUCGGACUCGUCUGCUUCCCUCACUUCACCCCAUCCCGCUCCCUUGCACCACCGCCGGUCAUCCACUUCUUGGAUGCCGCCGCCGCCUACUGGGAUCGUCCCUAUCCCCAUUCGGAUGAUCGUGGACUCUGCAGGUACAAGCGGCGGUGCCGGCCAGCCGCUCCAACAAUCGCAACAGCAGCCGAUGCAGCAAGACGUGACGCAACAAGGGGGGUCAUCAGCGCAGAUGGUCAACUUUCCCCAGAUCGGCGGCAGCUUUCCAAACAUGAACCCGGCGCUGAACAACCCGAUGUCCGCGCCGGAGAACGUGCAGGUGAUGAACGUGCUCGACCAAUCGCAGAGCAUGAACGUCCUCGAGCAGCAGGCAAUGGCCGACGUGGGCUUCCUCGAGGGCAUACCCGGGGCGAUGUUCGAUUGGGGUCAAUGGGAGAACUUCUUCUCGCGGUUCACGCCGCAGCUGGGCACGCAGGUGGCCGGCUUCCAGCAGCCGCAGCGGAUGGGCGACGGUGUGGGCAUGGCGGCGGGCCAGCCUCCUUCGCAGGACGCGGCGCACGCUGUGCACGGUGCGCGUUACUUCCCUGGUCCGGACCACAGUCUAUAGGUGGGCGGUCCGGGACUGCGUACCGUCAGUCGCCGACAUACCUCACGAGCAGGCGACAAGAGGCAGUGGGGAGGAUGAAUCGCAUGUAUAAGAAGACAGGGAAGCUCACGGGGGGCAGCUGGCAGAGAGCGGCGGUCGUAGACGUAAAGCAGGUAGUGUAUGACAUCAUUGUUGUUUUCUCGGACGUCUCUGUGGCCGCUAUCUUUGGUAUCUGUCCCUUGCAGCUGUCGGUUUUCCGUCGCCGCCGCUUAUGACUAGUAGCUCUUCGGUCACCUCCUCCACCCGCACGCGCCCCACUUACAUUAUCCGCCACCCGCCGUACGUAUUCUACGGAGCGUCUACUUCUUUGCUCAACGUCC